UAGCAAAGAGUAAGUGAAAUUUAUAUUAAUCCGUGACAUACCGUUGGGCGUUGACAUAAUUUAUCUAGAGCUAUGGGUUUGUGACUCAAGGUCCGUAAUCCGUAUCUGUAAAGCGAACGCUUAUCUGCGGCAAUCGCAAAGUGCGUUGUUUUUAUUGUGUUGAGUGGGUAGGUCUGUAAUGUUGAUAAUAAUUAAAAUACCUACCUGGCGCUGUGGAAGUUGAACUAACAUAAAAAUGCCUAUUAAGUUGAUUCGGACAGACGCUGAAGAUCCUUGCAAAAUUCUGUUGCCUCUGGGUAAUCAUGUAAUCGGAAGAGGUAAAUUACUUGAUUGCGAUGAUAAAAAGAUAUCACGUCAACAUGGAGAGUUGCAAGUCACUGAUGAUUCAUUAUCUUUAAAAGCGUUGCAUCAAAAUCCAUGUUUCUAUCUAAGAAAAGGUUUAAACCCUCAAAUAUUAUUACAAGAUAAAACAAUACCUUUAUUUAAUGGGGACAGAUUUGGUUUAUUGCCAGAUACAUUCUGGUAUGAAGUGCUUUUCUGUUCUGGUAUGGAAGCACCAACAAAUAUUGAGAGUGAGAAAAACACUGAAGAGUACUGUCUGGAAAACAAUGAGUGCAAAGAUAAAACCAGCUCAAACGAGUUUGACUGUAAUAAAACACAGUCUGCAGUCGCAACCCAAAAUAGUGUUCCUACAGAAGUAUUAACCAAAAAUUCUGAACCAGCAAAUUCAAUGGAAGAUGGAACAGGUCAGAAAGAGCCAGUCAGUGUAAAAAGUGAAAGCAAGCCAAGUAAGGAAGAGGAGCAACUUAGUAUUGACACCAAUUCAGUUAAAAGGAGUCAUAGUCCAGACAACAGUGAUGUGAAAAAAAUUAAGUUAGUUGAAGAUGAAGCCGCAAACUCUGAUGAUGUCAAGCCUGGACCCAGCUUAAAUCAAGGCCAAGCGGCACAGCCAAUGAACAACGUUGGCGCGAAUGGUGCCUCGAACAAUAACCCUCCACGAGAACGGUGCAUGUACGGUGGUGACUGUUACAGGAGGAAUCCACAGCACCUGGCGCAGUUCAGCCACCCGCGCGACGCGGACUGGGGCCCGGGCGAGCGCGGCCAGUGCCCCUACGGCGCCCAGUGCGCCAAGACCGACCCGCGCCACUGGCGGGACCACGAGCACCCGCCGGGGAAACUGCCGCCGCCCAGGCCAGAUAUGCAAGUUGUGCGAAGGCACGGGAACGUGUACUUCAUUAACGCACAGACCGUCAACUUCUAUGACGACCACUUUCAAGUCGAAGACUCUGACGGCGAAAGCGUCGACUUCGAUUACGAGUUCUAAUACGACCCUUUGGCUUCAUGAAAGAUAUAAACGUCUGAAACUACCGGGAUAUUUGGCGGGGAAUACCAAAGUUAAAUUAUUAAAUAUUGGUAUUACCUUCUCACUACUAAUUAUUCAAGAUUUGUGUUACUUGAAAUAUUAUUGAAUAGCUUUUGCCGCGACUUGUUUCCGUUUUGUAAAAGUUCUGCGGGAACCAUUCCAGGGUUGGAAGUUAUGUCUAUUCAAAAUAUAUAAAGAUGGGAUUUUGUAAAUCUGUAUAUACCCAUAUACAGAUUGUCAUCUGUAUAUGGGUAACAAGUGAUAUUUUUAUGAAUGCUGUGGUAACGGUAGGUACGCGUAUGUUUUUUGAGUCCUAUGUAUGGAAAUAAAUAUAAAAUUUGGCAUAUAUACAUCCUGGAGAUGGUUCCAGGAUGUAUAUAUGCCAAAUUUGAUCAAAAUCGGUGCAGUAGAUUAGCCGAACACAACAAAAAGCAGGCAACAAACAGAGAGACACACCUCGGCAACCAUAAUUUUAGUAUGGAAAUCUCUUUCUCAAGCACAUUAUGGUACCAACAGCUGACUUUACGUUCUUACCAACAGCCAUCCCAAAAAAUGAUGUUUCGAGUUUGGUUAGUCUAGAUUUAAUGUAAAGGAUAGUGUUUAGUACGUAAAUGAGUAUAUUUUGGGAUUAUAAUAAUAAUAAGCCUAAAAUCAUAUCUUUACAGUUAUUGUAAAGAUAUGAUUUGAUUUAGUCUGAUACCAUUCGAUACCCAACCUAGUUGGAUUUAAUGGCAUAGCCGUAUAAAGAAAUUAUAAAUUUCUACAAAACCUCAUCAGCUAUCUGAUUACUGGUUAUUUUUGUUGUUUGAUUAUUCAUACACUUAUUUGUACACUGCACUAAGUGAGAACUAUGUCUGUUCUCCAAAAGGGAUUGCGCUCUCUGAUUGGCUCUCAAUUCGGCCAAUCUGAGAGCGCGUCUUAUUUUCGACACAAAUCCGAAAUUAAGGUGCCUAUACAAAUUUGCUAACUAUAGUUACUCGCAAACAAAAUUUUUUAAGAUCAAAACACAUCAUACUUCAUAUAAAGUAUCGACAUCCCGCACAAUAAUAUGGCUCACGUAGAGUUUCAAUUCUUAAAGUAAUUCUUCCGAGUGUCAAGUGCGUGAUUAUCUACCUACGUUAAAGAUAACUAAGCUUUACAUAGUGUCAAAGUAGAUCUAGUUCGGAUCUAGAAUACUAGUAAACAGGCUUGUCAAUAGAUGGCGUUCGUCCUAUAUCAUUAACUACGAAUUAAAGUAAACGUAGGUAGAAAAUCUCACACUGGGCCCUCUGAUUGCAUUGUUCAAUACUAAACAACCCACACACAAUAAUCAAAAUUUUGUCAAUAUAUUGUUCUGUAUUAGUUCUGUACCCUUAGUUAACGCUUGGACUUCGCUAGCUAUUUUUUUAAAUUUACUUCGAAUUGUUAAAAAAGUUAAAUUGAUAACAAGGUUUCAAGGUUCAUCGUGGUGUAAGGUUUUAAAAAUAUCAUGUGGUUAUAUUUUAAUAAUACUUUAAAGAAACAAUAAAACUCAAAAAAAUAUUUUUUA